CAAAAAGGUGGAAUUCCAACGGCAUCGCGAUGCCGCUUUCGACGUCAGAGAUCUUGGUGGCCGUAUCGGCGUCGUUGUCGGUGUGCGCAUGCGUGGCCAUGGUCGUUUGUUUCUUUGUCUUUGAAGAAUCGAGGCGGUGUGGUCGACGGCUGCUCUUUUGUCUCCAUGUCACCGAUCUCAUCGGGUCCCUCGCGUGGUUGUUGACGCUCUUGCCGUGCAUUGCAGCCCCUCCUUUGCACUCGACGAUUCCGCUGCUUUGUUUCGUCCAGGGCUACAUGCUCCUCUUCUGCUCCCUGUCGUCCUAUCUCUGGACGUCGUGCUUUGCCUUUCACUUGUACCAGAUCAUGUGGAAGCAGAACAAAACCCCCGAGAUGUACGAGCUGCGAUAUCUCCUCGUGGCAUGGGGCGUUCCCUCGAUGGUUCUCGUGUCGUUUGGUGUACAACACGCGUGUGGGUUUGUCCUCCUUGGCUUUGGUGGUCUGCCCUGGUGCUGGAUUCGAUCGUGGAGCGGACGCGAGUGGUCCGUCGACGGCUUUAUGCUUCAAAUGGCGUUCUUCUACGGCCCCGUCGCCUGCGCUGCACUGUUCAACACGUCGAUGUUUGUGUUUUUGGCGUCCAAACUGGGCUCGGCUUCUGCAGUCAUGUCCACCGCCAUGGAAAACAAAGUUCGCCGCCGCAUGAUGGGCUACAUCAGUAUCUUUCUGCUUACGUCCGUGUGGGGCGCUCUCGGCCGCACGUUUCAAGUAUGCCACGAACGAUUCCCGCCACUCGUUGCACAUGCUGUGUUAGGUCAUAUCUCCUGGCCAUGAGCUCAGUCCUGUCCUCUUGACGCUCACUGCGUGCUUCAGUCCAUUGCAGGUACUACUGCCUGCCCGCUUCAUCUCUCAUCUUGUGGACUCAAGGGACUGCUCAACUGCCUCGUGUAUGGACUGAACAACACGUUGCGGAAUCGUUUGUGGACGAGUGUUCGUCGGCUCCACGGAACAUCUACUGCUCCGACCUUUGGCGGCAGCGACCACCGAAGGCCACUGAUGCGAAAAUCGGUUAAGGCCAGUCGGUGACGGACGCCGUCGUCGAGCGUGCAGCGUGGUGCACUCGACCCUUCCAUGCUGUCGUCACUCGUCGUAACUGAAAUGUAUGGCGUUUGGAUGCAGAACCA